AUGUUUGCGAGUAAUAUAAGAAGUGCUGUUGGCACGUCGUUGACAGCAGCUAGAGCUGUUUCUUCAGUGCAGGUCAGAUCACUAGCUACUGUUCAGAGAGUGCUAUCCAAAUCUGAGAAGAAACUCAGGAAGACCGAAAAGAAGAAGAAAAAUAUUGCCUUCAAGAACUCCGUUGAGGCUAAAAAGGAGAAAGUUGAUCCUGUUUUGGGAAAACCAAACAAUAUGUUUAUACAAAGAUUGAAAUCUGAAAUCGAAGAGCCAAAUGUUUUGAUCCACGGAUACGAAUUCAAUGAUGUGGAUAAGUUAUUGUACGGUGCCAAACAAUACAGACUCGAGCAGCUGAAGCAGCUGAACAGUACCGAAGAUAUCCUACAGGCGACCGAGAAGGAGGAACAAAUGAAGAGGGAUAUCUUAUUUAGGAUUCUUACACUCAGAAACGCAGAUAAUGAGGAAAAGCAAAAGAAGCUGAGACAAUUGGCAGUUAGUGAAUUUCAAAGAUUUGAAGGCGACACUGGAUCCUCCGAAGUCCAGGCUGCAGUUAUGACGGUUGAAAUCUACAAUUUGAUGGACCACAUCAAGAAGAAUCCACAAGAUUUAUUGCACAUUAGAAAGGUUAGAAUGCUGACUCAAAAGAGACAGAGAAUCCUUAGAUAUCUAAAGAGGGAUAACGCGCAAAAGUAUUUCUGGACUAUUGAAAAAUUGGGAUUGACAGAUGAAAAUGUUCAUAUGGAAUUCAAUAUGGAUAAGAGGUACAUGGAUGAGUUUGAAAUCUGGCCAGGAAGACAAAUGGUUAAAUUGAACAAGAGAGAAAAUGAAGAAAUCAAGAAGAAGAGAAGAUUAGAGAAACAAGCUAUUAGGAAAGCUCUAAACUCACAUGCUGCUUCUAAUGACGGUGUUUCCGCAUGA